CCCGAAUACUACAUGGUAUGCCCAUCAGACCUACGAGAUAAGGUUAUUAAUCUAAUUAAAAAGCACUUUAAUAUGCAUACAAGAAUUCCUAUAAAUGCUAUAGGACAAUUCCUAACAGCUGAUGAGAUACGAAAGAGUGCAAUUCGUGAAAU